AAAACUAAUAUUUGGGGAAGUCUGUUAAAUAUGUAAAACUGAGUUUAUUUUUUUACUAGCAUGGAAAAAUCUAAGUUUGGAUUCACUUUAGUCAAUUCUCAAUGAAGCUAGACUAGAGGACAGGUUUAUCAUCUCCAUCUCUUCUUUUGUUAGCUCCUUAAGUGUGGCACAUUUAUUUUUCCUUCUCUUGGAGUUCUUUGUUGAAACUUAUGGACAACUUGAUUCAUGUAGUGUUUUUCCUUCUUCUACUUCUUCCUUUUAAUAGCCAUGUUUUUCCUCUCUGUUAAAGUCAGUUAAGUAGUUAAGUUUCCUUGACUACUAGUACAAUUUUUUUUCUCACUACUUUUUUAAAAUUUCAUUUUCCUUUUGGUUAAAAGUUUUACAUCAUUUGAAUAUAAAUCAAGCUCGUAUGCAGCAUGCUAGUCUACUCUCUCUUUCUUUUUUUUCUCCCUUUGGUUGUUGCUAGCAUUUUUUGUGAUAUGCUUUCUUGUUUCACCAUAAAACAUUGGUGAUUUGACUUCAAGAAAUUAUUUCCUUAACAAGUGCUUACAUGCAGCGCAAGAGAAAAUGUCGUAAAGCUGGAUCUCAUUCAACUCUUUCUCUGUUGAGGAAAGAGCUGAGAGAAGGAAAUCUACAGUCACUAUUUGGGCCUUCUUCAUGUAUAGGGUCCUCAGCCAAUUCAGCACCUGAUCCACUGCUUUCUUCAUUUAUUUUGCCAAUGGCUGAUGAUUUUGUUAGUAUCCAUAAUAAAUUAUCUACUGAAACAAGCUCAACCAAGAAAAGCUCAGAUGCAAAGAAAUCAGAACGAAAGGUCCAGUCAUCUCCUCUUUCAGUCAAGGAUCAGGAAGAGAAGGCAAAGAGAUGCGAGUUUGUUCAAGGACUAAUGUUGUCCACAUUUCUGGUUGACAUCGUAUGAAGAGUAUCAAUGCCAGUUAUUGCAAAUUGUGGACCUCAAUCCUAAAGAGAUUGAGUAUGCAACCAAUAGUCUUGCAAUCUAUGAUUUGCUUCUAGUAAAAUGUAUCAAGCAAAAUGUUCAAAUAAGGUGUAGGAAUGAGUGUAAUUUAUGUUGCUUACAGAACUCUUCCCCACUUAGAUUUCAAUUUCAUCUUUUAAUAUCAUAAAAGAUAUAUAUAAUUUAUCCAUGCUUCUGCAUUUCUGUAUCAUAGUUAAUGUAUAUAUAGAGCUAGCAUUUGAACUGAAUUGAUU